AGCUUGGCAGUCGCAGUCGUCUGCAGCCUAGCACUUUAGAAGUAGGACAAGAAAAGAUCGGAGAGAGGAGUGAGAGCUUCAUCUAGAAGUACCGGUAUUCGUAGAGUUUCAUGUUUCAAAAUAAUUUACCACUGGCCGUUCUCUUCCGGAAUCUAUGCUGGAUACUUCCGAACUUUUGAUGAGUAAAUAUGGACCAUCAUCAAACUCGAUCUCGCUCAUCUACGAAUUUAUCACAGUUUGGCUGGUAUCAUGGUCGUCUAGAUAGAUCUGCAACUCUAACAUUACUAGGGAAAACCCCUGUUGGAACAUUCUUGGUUCGUGACAGCAGUUCUAUUCCUGGAGACUAUGUUAUAUCUGUGAGCGAUGACAGUGUCAAGGGAGGAUGCACACAUUAUAUUGUGAACUCUGUUAAUGGAAGAUACUUUGCAGGGGAAGUGUAUUUUCCCUCUCUACCAGCUGUUAUAGAGCACUAUCAGCAGAAUACUUUAGGACGAUGUGCACUGGGAUCUCAUGUACCCACCUCAAGACCUCCAAUUCCUGUCAAGCCAGAUUCUAUAGGAGAACAAUCAACACUAGACAAGCCCGCCACAAACAAGGUACCCGUCCCAAGACCCCCAGCUCCUAUGAAACCAGAUUUCUGUGGAGAGCAAUCAUCGAGUGAAAAGUCUGCCAGUAGCAAGUUCAGUUCAAGCUCUCUGUCUCUGGAUAGUGGCUCAUCUUCAAGUGCAGGAGCCUCAAUAGUUGGUAGUUACCCAGAAUCCACUGCAAUGACAUGUAUAGACGAGGGGAAUUUAGUUGGACACCAUCGUCUACCAUUUACUCCUGAGGAGCCAGCGCAAGCCAUCGCUGUAUUUGCACGGACGGUGAAUGCUUACGACCCAACAUCCUUAGUAUUUGAAAUUGGUGAUCGGAUUAUUAUUCGAGAACAGAAGCCAAGCGGAACAUGGAUUGGCGAAUGCAAUGGUCUCGUGGGGCAUUUCCCUUUCACAGCUGUUCAACUUUGCAGGCAAUAGUAGUGCAGUGAAUGUAGUGAGUAUAGUGUGACUGCCCCGCGGCACCGUGCCAUUAGUUUUAUUAUAAACGGCCCACGCUCCUGACUAGUAGAUUCAUACUGGAUGUUCAACUAUGGAGCACAUCAUACUUUGCCAUGCGGCACCUUUUUCUGAAAAUAUUUCUGUGUUCUGUUGCUACUAGUAAUUCAAUUUGCUAUGCCGAAUCAUCUAGCGUAAGCACAUUAUCCAUAGGGUCGUUCCUUUUUCAUCUACUACUAGUACAUGUACAGUAUAGGUUUCAGUAAAAACUUCUUCUUUCGAUAGA